AAUGGUAAUGAUUUUAAUGAUUAGCUGACAGUUUGUAGUGGAAACCAUUAGAAUUUAUGUGAUGGUUUCUAUUGUUUUUUCAGCAGGAAUAGUUUGGAAUAUUCACAGUCCUAGUUGAUCAUCUUUGUUGAAAUAUAAAGGCUGGUCACAGCUUCUAAGUGGAAGAGUGUUCAGGUGUUUCAUGCUGUGCUUGUGAGCACACCUUUAGCUUUGCCCGGCUCCAACGUUUGUUUAAUGACGUGCCACUAUUGCACACGUAGCAUUAAGAUAUUUUAGGAGUGAAGGCCAUUCCAGACGCUGUUAGUAGAGGCUAGUAUGUAUUUAGUAUGUUUGGGAUAUUUCGGGUAAUACCUAAUGGACGAUGAAUGUAUAGCCUGAGGUGUGGAUGAACGGCUUGAAAAUGUGGACGUGGACUGGUGGAACGAAGAAGAAGGAAAAAAACAAAAUGUUAUGAGGUUCAGGUAACUGCUUCGAGAAAACUUUUCCUCUUCAGGUAUUUCUGACGUGAACCUGCGCGCACGCGCGCGCACACACAUACACGCACGCCUACGAUACAUACGUACACACUUACACACCUGUUGCAUCCGGGACCAGCAGGUGCUGAAGUGGCCAGGCCUAAUGAUAUUUCUGAGCUUCUCAUGAGGAAAAUGCUACACUGUUGAGACGGGAGGCAACAUGAGCUCACACGUUCAAGAGUUAUUUCAUGAAAAUGCCCAGGGCUCUCAGAUGAAUGCUCAGCCAUGGUGGAAGGUGAAGUUGUUUGUGUGGGAGCCUGUCCUGUUUGGCACCUGGGAUGGUGUCUUCACUACAUGCAUGAUCAACAUUUUUGGAGUAGUGCUUUUUCUCCGCACAGGAUGGCUUGUAGGUAACACUGGGGUGUUGCUGGGCUUGCUCCUGGUGUCACUGGUCGUGCUGGUUGCUCUAGUGACAGUUAUGUCAGGUAUGGGGGUGUGUGAGCGGUGUACUGUGGGAAAUGGGGGCGUAUAUUCCAUGAUCUCCAUGGUUCUCGGAGGAAGAGUCGGAGGCACUGUAGGACUCCUCUAUGUGUUUGGGCAGUGUGUGGCAGGAGCCAUGUACAUCACAGGCUUUGCAGAGUCCAUAGCCGAGGUGCUGACUGUGGAGAGUGUGUGGGCUGUCCGGGGGAUCUCUGUAGCUGUCCUCCUGGCCCUGGUUGGGAUUAACCUGGCUGGAGUAAAGUGGAUUGUUCGGCUGCAGCUUGUACUGUUGGCCAUCCUUGCUGUAUCUACUCUGGAUUUUAUCAUUGGAACCUUCAGCCAUUUGGAACCUGAGCAUGGAUUUGUUGGAUAUUCAGAAGAGCUUUUAUGGACGAACACUCUGCCUGACUACACGGCUGGAGAAACUUUUUUUACCGUCUUUGGAGUUUUCUUUCCUGCUGCUACAGGUGUGAUGGCAGGGUUCAACAUGAGUUCAGAUCUUCAUAAGCCUGAGCACAACAUUCCUGUGGGGACCCUGGCAGCUGUCUUCACCUCGUGGUUCCUGUACCUUGUUUUUGUAUUCUUGCUGGGAGCCAUCUGUACCAGAGAUGCUCUGCGCUAUGAUUUCUUAAUAGCAGAAAAGGUCUCCUUGGUGGGUUUCCUUUUCCUGCUGGGCCUCUAUGUCUCCUCCCUGGCCUCUUGCAUGGGUGGCCUGUAUGGCGCACCCAGGGUCCUGCAGUGCAUCGCCCAAGAGAGAGUAAUCCCAGCUCUAUCUUUCCUGGGACAAGGGACGGGUCCCAAUAAAACUCCAGUAGCAGCCAUCUGUCUAACAAGCUUGAUCUCCAUGGCCUUCAUCUUCAUUGGUCAGGUCAACGUUCUGGCUCCUAUUGUUACCAUUAACUUCAUGCUGACCUACAGCAUCAUCGACUACUCCUAUUUCAGCGUGGCCAUGAGCUACAAUCUCCAAGUUAAGGAAAGAAAGCCUCUUAUUGAAAAACCCAGCCCUAGAAAGUCAUUAGUAACAACCAGUCACCAAUGUUAUGGCAGCAAUGGUGCUUUGAGCAAGCCCAGCAAUGGCACACUACUUGAGUUCACUAAAGAUAUGGACCAGAUAUUUACAUUGCCUAGUGCAGACAGUACAGAGGAAGACAAAGCUUCCAAUCAUGUAGCCAAGGUCUGGGGCAGGAAGGCAAAAGUUCCUGCUAAAGAAACACUGAGCAGUAGUUUUGGGCUGGACUUGAACAGCAACAGCUCAUCAGAGAAGGAAAAGGAUGAGAAGGCACAUGAACAAAGCAUUGGCCCAGAUGAUGAGACCAGCAGUCAGACCGAGCUUAUCGAGUCUGAGCCAGGAGGGAAGAGGAAACUGUCUCUGCCUACUCAAAGUCCUAUUGAACUCCAUCAGAUCCCAGGGGAGAUGUCAGACACAAAUGACACACAAGCAAAGCUGGAGGGAUCAGAUAUCCGACCAAUCCCGAAUUCAUGUUAUGCCAAGUUUUGCAAUCACUGGGUUUCCUUAAUUGGUGCACUGUGCUCCAUUUUGAUCAUGUUUGUCAUCCAGUGGGUGUAUGCCUUGGUGAAUUUUAGUGUUGCACUCCUCCUUUAUCUCUACAUAGGAAACAUAAGCCCAGGUUUGCCAACAGGUAUAGCAGCACGUUUCAGCUUUUUCCACUGGGUAAAGAGUUCUCUGAGUAGCCUGGGCAGGCCGAAACAAGAGCUUCAAGACCAGAUUGUAGUGACCCCGUCUUUGUCAGCAGUUGACAUGGAAACCAGACAGUUGACAGAGGAAAAUACAGACUUUGCCUUCCGAGACCGUUACCACCAUUCAUCCAUCAUCACCACCACAGAAGAGAUGGUUCAUCCUCAACUCCACUAACCAGCCUCUUCCUCCUCACCUCAGCAUGGCCCUGAUAUAAUGUUUUAAAAAAAAACCCUCAUAGAACAGGAGAGCUGAUUCAGGAUAAGUUUACAAUCAUUAUACACAAAUAAAUGUCAAAAGCUGAUCUUUGAUUGGCACUUCUCCUCUGAACUGUCUUCAUGACUACUAGUUUGAAUGAAAACUGUGUAAGCACAUAGGAUGUUUUCAUGACUAUAAGCCUGUGAGAGGAGUCUGACAUGGAUGAUGUAUAAAUGUGGAUGAUGCUUGUGACUAGAAGUAUUACAAUUUGCAAGCAGAAGUAAAAUUUUUAAUUGAACUUUUUUUCAUUCAUUUAUCUUCAGUAAUUUGCUUUAUCCUGGUAGGGAUUGUGGUGGAUCCAGAACCUAUCCAGGGAAUGAGUUGGGAAUACACCAUGGUUGGGAAGCCAUGCACAAGAAAAUUCACACACUUAUUCACACCUAGGGCAAUCCACCUACUGUACCUUUAAGAAGUGUAAGGAAAGCUGAGAACCUGAAGGAAAUCCACAUAGAACUUGUGUAGACUACAGAGACAGUAAUCCAAGCUAAGGAUCAAACUGGGGAUCCUGAAGCUGCGAAGCAUGGUAUUUCUUUCGGUAUACCAUAAUUCUGUUUUCUCUCCUGGAAAAAUCAGAAAGAUAUGAAAUGACAAUUUAUAAGAAGUGCAAUAGAACAUAGUACAGUAUAUCAACACUAUAUGUUAUUGUGUGUAUCUAAAUGGUUCUUGAAACGGUGCUUGUACAGUAUUGGAGGUAAGGAUAAAAAUAUAUUAUGGACAUUUGCUUCUUGCUAAUCUGGUGUGUUGGUAUAUGAAUAUCUCCACAUGCUGAUUCACCACCUUACCGAGCCUUCGGCUGCA